CCGGCUUUGCAACAAAUGAUUGGAGAAUCGUUACGUGCACUUGGAAAAGGGUAUUACACAGAUUCCGAAUUGGAUGGAUCGAUAGGCUACCUCUUCGGACCCGAUACGGUAUUGAUACGUGAUCAAACAUACUACAUCCUCCACCCUCUCACCUCCCCCACCAGAAUCGCUGCCUGCGGCGGCUGGUCCUUCCGACAAACGCUCUACGGCGGCAACAACGCGCCGUCCAAUCUGCGGAUGCCCGCAAAACGCAACCCGUCUACCGACCGCGCCAGCAUCCGCGCAAUCUUCACGCACCCCUCAUUCGCACGCCAAGGCCUCGGGACUAUGAUGAUGCGGUACUGCGAAGCCAGAGCAGCCGAGGGGAAUGAGGAAACGGACGGGUUUGAGAGGCUGGAGAUGGGCGCAACGUUGAGUGGGGUGGCGUUGUAUGAGAGGUGUGGGUAUGUGCGGAGUGGGAGGGAGGAUGUUGUGGAGUGUCCGAAUGGAGAGGGGAUCCGGAUUUGUCACAUGAUCAAGGAUUUGCAGGAAGAUGGGCCGUGAAGGCGAAGAGAUGGUUGGUGAGAAUGAGGUUGGGGGGCGGAGGGCAGAUGUCAGGCUAGAGGAAAUCAAUGCUGCAAAUGCGGUGUAACGGGAAGGUAGACACAUGUUAAAAUCAUAGACCGGAGUAAUUUUUGUUCGAAUGAAAAUCAAGAGAGCCGGCGAGAACUCGGAAUACAGAAAGAUCAGAUCGUUAUACAUUGUUGUUACUUUAGGGAAAGCCUCUUGCAAUGAGCUGAGGACAAACGAUCGCCAGACUGGGUGAAAAUCAGACAUCAGACAG